UCUGUAGGGGCCACGUCUGUCAGGACCAGUGUUUCCGGUUUGCUGCUUCCGGCAUCUCUCUUCCCGGCUCCGGUCCUCUGCAGUCAUGUCGGUGUCCGUUCUGUCCGUGGUGUCCCGCUUCUUGGAGGAAUAUGUCAGCUCCACCUCGCAGAAGCUCAAGCUGCUGGACGCCUAUUUGCUGUACAUCCUGCUGACCGGAGCCAUGCAGUUUCUGUACCGCCUUCUGGUGGGCACAUUCCCCUUCAACUCCUUCCUGUCCGGCUUCACCUCCUGUGUGGGCUCCUUCAUCCUGGCCGUGUGUCUAAGGAUCCAGAUUAACCCCCAAAAUAAAGGAGAUUUCCUGGGAAUCUCUCCAGAAAGAGCCUUUGCAGAUUUUCUCUUCGCCAACACAAUUCUUCACCUGGUUGUUAUAAACUUUGUUGGAUGAAAUUAGUCCCCCCCCCCCCCCUUUUUGUCAGUUUCCUGGGAUUUUCUUUUUUUGGUUGAAGGUUUACACGUUUCCUAGUAUGAAGAAGAGUCAUUAUGGUUUUCUGGGACUGUGACCAUGCAUUACAUUUUUGUUUCAUUUGGGGGUGAAAACUGAGCCUUGUAUGGUCUGAGAUUAGAGACUUGGUCAAUAAAAAUGUGUCUUUCGUAUAUUA